AAAUGUCACUAGUGGCAAAAGAAAAACAAUAGCAAAUGUCAGAUUGCCGCCGCGCCUUCACAAGGACGGUUCUUUGUUGAAUAUUUAUCUUUACUGUUAAUUUUAAUUUGUUGUUAAUUUUGAAAAUACAAUUUUCCAGGAAUUAAAAAUUUGCAAAUCUUUUAUGGAGAAAGAUUACUUUUACCUUGGUGUGUAACUUUUGGAAACUUGUUAAAGAACUUGUUUACUUCGUUGUUUGUUGACAGUUAAAAUUUACGUCUUGACAAGAAAAAAAAGCAUAUUUUCAUUAAAAUAAAGAAAACCAGAACAAGUAUUGAAGAAAUUGGAAAGAAUUUUCAAAUAAUCAAAAUAAAAUUCAAAACAUGUUGGUAAAUUAUUUUCGAAGAUCGACUGGCGCUCCAAAUAAAAAGGAGGUAAUGGGAUAUAAGGUAACAAACGCCAGUCGCACAAGAAAAGUUGGAGUUGCCUGUCGGACUUUUGAGGAGCUCAAAGAAAAGGCUUGCUGUAAAUUAAAAAUUACCGGGAAAUUGGAAGAAAUCAGCGUUUUUCUUUUGGAUGGAUCGGAAAUAGACGAGGAAUAUUUUUCAACAUUAAAAGCGCAGACGACAUUGAUUAUUCAGAGACCGGGGGAAAAAAUAAUGACAGACGCUGAUUUACUCUACGAGACACUAAAGAGAGUGAACAUUGAUUAUUUAAUGGCCGGUGAUGAAAUUUCAAAGUUCCUGUCAGAAAAUCUUAAAGCAAAGAUUUCUAUUUUAAAUAGUAUUUUAAAUAGCGACGAUUCAAAGACUCAUUUUAGUUCGCGAAUUGAUCAUGGAGAUUGGUUUCGAGGACUCGACACAACUUACACGUGUAAAGAGGCUUUCAUGCACAGAAGAUGUCAAGACAGAAUACGAGGGUACUUAACAAAAGCAGUGGAACAAAUAAAAUCGUCAAAUAUUUUUACAACCGAUCGACGAGCGAGAAAGCAUUUAUUACGAGCAAUUGCAUUUUUUCGAUUACAACUUAAAGAAGAUCAUUAUUAUGGUCAUUAUUUUGAUAGAAGCAAAAUUUCCACGAGUGAAUCAAAUGAAAUUAAAAACAAAACCAAUAAUGACAAUGAUAAUAAUGGAAAUGCUUCGAGAGAAGAAGUUGAUAGUGGUUUUCAAUGUUACGAACACUGUCCGUGCAAAUUGAGAAACUUUGAUUAUUUAAGCCUCUUUGAAUUAGAAUCAGAUCAAAUAGAUGCGAGAAGAAUGCAGCAAACCGAAGAAGAAGACGACGAUGAAAUCCAAUCGUUCUAUAAAGUGACUCCUGGUAAAGAAAGAAAAUUGAUUACUCUCUGCGAUCAUAAAGGAGAAUUUAAAUGUGAUGGAGUAUGGAAUAAGGAUAAAUGUACAUAUGAUGGAAAGCACAAAAUCAAUCCUUAUCGAUCUAAAGAAGAACUCAUUCUUUUCUCAACAUGGAAUCUCGAUCACAGAAUCGAGAGAUCGAGAACUUUAAUUCCACAAUUACUGCAAUUAUCUCAAGAGGAACAGUUGAGUCAGGAGGACGUUGUAGAAAUUUACGACAAUCUUUUCACGAUAAAAAAUUUAAGGCUAGUGCAUAUCGUCUGUCACGAUAAGGGUGCACAUAAAUAAUUCUGUUAAAGACUCGAUAAGAUCAAAAAUCGAACACGAUUUUUUCGAAAGCAAAUCGAAACGAACUGGCAGUUAAAAAAUGGCAAAAUGUUAAAUUGUCAAAUUGUCAAAUAUGAGGCAAAUUUUACUUAUUUCAUAUGAUUUAACUAAGAAUCAUAAAGAAAAAUUCCCUUUAUUGGGAUUGAAUAGCUUUUUAGAAUAUUUAAAAAUUAUCCUCAGAUAUAGAGUAGAUAAAAGUGAAUAUAUUUCCAUCCAAAAAUUAUAGUUAAUUGUGAAAUAGUUGAUCUAGUAUGUAUCAUAUGAAAGCCAAAGAUCAUGUCUUCCAUUUUUAUCAAUUUAUAGAAGCUAGUAAUUAUUUAAAAUUUAACAGAUAAAUAUUAACAAAGUUAAUCUUAAUCUUUUUCAAUUUUAAUAAUUAAUCGUAAUUAUUUUCAAUUUUAAUCAUUA